UUUGUAAUUUGGUUCUUGCUUUGGGGUUUGCUCCUCUCAAAUUUUCGAAUGUUAAUUGAAGAAGCCCUUCCCGCCAAUCAAACAAGCUCCAGAGCCCUGCAACAAAGCCUCUUCUCACUGUUGCAGAGCUGCAACUCCGUCAAAAAGCUCGCUCAGAUUCAUACCCAAAUAGUUGUUAAUGGCUUUUACCAGAAAAGUUUCAUUCUUGUCAAGUUCUUAUCUUUGUAUAUAGCUUCUGGCAAUCUCCUACAUGCCUGCAGAGUUUUUGAACAUUCAAAAAACCCAUGUACCGCUGUUUGGAAUCAGAUAAUUAGAGGCCACGCUAGCAGCGAGGCGCCGCGUAGAUCUUUUGAGCUCUACAAUCGGAUGGUAGUGGCCGAAGCAGAGCCUGAUGGGUUUACUUACUCAUUUGUUCUCAGUGCCUGUGCGAAGUCUGGGUUGUUGAGAGAAGGCCAACAGGUGCACGGGAGGGUUAUCUCAAAUGGGUUAUGUGCCAAUGUGUUUGUUCAGACGAAUUUGGUUAAUUUGUAUGCGGUAGCUGAAAGGGGUACUGGUUUUGGGAAGGCUCGUUGUGUGUUUGAUGAAAUGACCGAGAGAAGCAUUGUGAGUUGGAAUUCGUUGCUUGCAGCAUAUAUGCGCUGUGGGGAUAUUGAUGGGGCAUGGAGAACUUUUGAUGAGAUGCCGGAAAGGAAUGUCAUCUCAUGGACAACUAUGGUUUCAGGAUGUGCCCAACAUGGGAAAUGUAGACAAGCACUGUCCUUGUUCAGUGAAAUGCAGAGGGGCCGUGUGGCAUUGGACCAGGUUGCCUUGGUGGCAGUUCUAUCAGCCUGUGCAGAAUUAGGAGACUUGAAAUUGGGGAGGUGGAUUCACUCAUACAUUGACGAAACAUUACGAGUUCAAAAGCAGCCACUGCUGGUGUCUUUGCAAAAUGCACUUAUACAUAUGUAUGCAAGCUGUGGUGUUAUUGAAGAAGCUUAUAAUGUAUUUAAAAAGAUGCCACAGAGAAGCACUGUUUCUUGGACGAGCAUGAUCACUGGAUUUGCAAAACAGGGUCGUGCGGGUGAAGCCCUCAAUGUAUUUCAACUGAUGCAGAGUCUAGGGGGAAACCAAGUGAGACCCGAUGAGAUAACCUUCAUUGGGGUUCUCUGUGCCUGCAGCCAUGCCGGGCUUGUUGACAUGGGUCAUCAUUAUUUUCAGCACAUGAUUCAACAUUGGUGUAUUGAGCCAAGGAUUGAGCACUAUGGAUGCAUGGUAGAUCUAUUGAGCCGUGCAGGUUUCUUGGAUGAGGCACAUAGACUCAUUGGGACUAUGCCCAUGAGGCCUAAUGAUGCUGUAUGGGGUGCUGUUCUUGGUGGUUGCAGAAUUUAUAAGAAUGCUGAGCUCGCCUCUCGUGUAGCUCAAAAUUUGGCUGUUGAACUUAACCCUGACCAAGCUGCAGGCUAUCUUGUGCUCUUAAAAAAUAUAUAUGCAUCUGCCAAAAGGUGGAAUGAUGUUGCUGGUGUGAGACAGAAGAUGGUUGAAAUGGGUGUGAGGAAGACUCCAGGACGAAGCUGGAUACAAAUAAAUGGAGUUGUUCAUGACUUCAUGGCGGGUGAUAGGACGCACAAGCAUGCGUCUUCAAUAUAUGAUAUGCUUGGUGAGAUCUUGAGGCAAGUCAAACAGGAAAGUUGUAAGAGAGACACUACAGAGAUAAUUUUAGAUGUUGAUCAAUAAGUUGGGCAGUGAAAGGUGGUUGGUUUGUGUUCUCGGCUUGAUAAGCAUCCCAAGGGAACUUGUUCUAAUUAGUAAGGCCGCUGGGGUCAUUCCUGCAAGACACCUUGCAAGAUUUUGUUUUUAUUUUUUGGGCGGUAUUAGCAUUAGCUCGCUCUCAGGGAAGGGCUAAAGUAACACAUGCUUGUAAUCAUCUGCACUUAGCAGCCAAUGUAUUCUUUUGUGCCAUCUCCCUAAUCAUGUUCAUUGAUUUAUUCUGUAAAAUCCAUAGAUCCUUAGGAAGCAUUCUUAGCUCUUGGAGGCUUGUUGAACAAAAUCAUGCCCAGGAUUGGCUCAUUUAUUUUAUUUGACUGUAUUUGUUUUGGCUAGUUAGUUGGCUCCAAUUUUGUGUACCAAUAAACUAUAAUUGUUUUAAAUUAAUUACCAAAAUAGUUCUUUCAACUA